AUGUCCGAGCUCACAAGGUUUUGCAGAGAGGCGAUAAAGGAAGACCUCAAAGAGAAAAGAGCAGAAAUGUUGGGUGAAGCUGCAGAGGCGGGACAGAGCAUUCGCUACGCCCGCCGGAACUUCGCCAAUCGUAAAACAACAAUGACUGCUCUCCGGAUCCCAGAUGGAACAACUACAGCAUCGAGAAGACGGAUGGAAAAGGUCAUUCACGAAUUCUACUCAGAUCUCUUCGACAACCACGUCCACUUGCCUCAUCACCAUCGAAAGGAAGAUGGAGAUGUCAUUCCAAAGGUUCUCCCUUCCGAAGUCCGACAUGCCAUCUUGCCGGUGAAGAAUCUUAUUUCUCCCGGUCUCGACAUAAUCAAGCCUGAACAUCUGAAGUAUCUACCGCCAGUCCUCAUCAACACUCUGGCGAGGCUCUUUGCACGUUACCUGGCCUAG